GUUCGUCCUUCUACAAUGCGAAGGCGAGGUUGUCGGUGGAGAAUGAUCAUAUCGUAAUACGCAGAUUGGCCAAUUCAUAAUAUAACUUGCUUGAAUUUCUCCAGUCAUAACACGUUUUCAUGGAAGAAUCUGAGCAGCUCUUUUCUGGAGUGGCCAUGACAGGCAUGCUGGAUGUGGAUCCUACAGGAGGCUUCGGCUCUUUAAGCAUGGAAGCUAUUGGACACAGCUUCCUGACAGAUUCCCUCAUCUCUACCCAGGACCCAGUUCUGAUCCAGGACUCUGAUACAGCUUCCAGUCCGCUGCCUGAAACCGUUGAGGCAUUGCUGGGCCAAGGGCAGGUCCAGGACCGGCAGUUGGAACAACAUGACCAGGUGCAGUUGGAGUCCCUGGUUCAAGAUCCUGUGGAGCAUCUGCAGCCUUUAGAGCAUGACCUUCUAGAACAGUCGGAGUCCUUCAAACAGGAUCUGUUGCAAUUCACAGAACCCUUAGAACAGGAUCAGGUGUACCAUGCAGAACCAAUACAAACGGACCAUGUGCAAUUUCCAGGCCCAAUGGAACCGGACACCGAGAUGUGCCACUCUGAGCCAUUACAGCACGACCAGGAGGAUCAGGUGUUUGGAGACCCCUUACAACAGGAAGAAAUGUAUCAUUCAGAACCAGUACAAGAAGACCAUGUGGAAUUUCCAGACCCAAUAGAAGAAAACAGUGAUAUGGUACAUUCUGAGCUGUUACAGCAGGACCAAGAGGAGUUGGUGAAACCCUUUGUAAAAGAACAGAUGGAAGACCAUGUUCGCCUUCCAGAACCUUUAGGCCCGGAUCAGGUGUACCAUUCUGAGCUAUUGCAGCAGGACCAGGAGGAGCAGGUGGAACUCUUGGCAAAACAGCAAGUGGAAGACCUGGUGGGCUUUUCAUUACAUCAGGAUCAGGUGUGCAAGUCGGAGCUAUUACAGCAGAGCCAGGAGGAGGUGGUGGAACCCUUAGCAAAAGAAGAUUUGGGCCUUCCAGAACCUUUAAGUCAGGAUCUGGUGUACCAGUCGGAGUUAUUAGAGCAGAGCCAAGAGGUGCAGGUGGAACCUUUGGCAAAAGAACAAAUGGAAGACCAGGUUGUCUUUCCUGAACCUUUAAGUCAGGAUCAGGGGCACCAAUCGGAGCUAUUGCAGCAGGAUCAGUUGGAGCAAUCUGAACCCACUGAAAAGGACCUAGAGGAGUGCUUGGAACAGUCCGAGCAGGUUUCAGCCCAGCGAGUAGAUUCUCCAGAGCCUGGAAGCCCAACCAACAUGGAGCUGGAGGAAACAUCAAAGGACGGUGUGGAGGAGGAGGAUCCCGCCCCUGUUUUGGAAGCCCCUUUUCCUGCAGAGUUUGAGAAGUACUACAAGGCGGUGGAGGAAAACCCAGAGGACUUCACCGCGUGGACAUAUCUGCUGCAGUAUGUGGAGCAAGAGAGUCACAUAGGGGCUGCCCGAAAGGCCUUCAGCUCCUUCUUCGCUCGAUACCCUUACUGCUACGGAUACUGGAAGAAGUAUGCAGACAUGGAGAAGAGGCUGGACAGCACACAGAUGGCUGAUGAGGUGUACCGAUGUGGGCUUCAGGCCAUUCCCCUCAGUGUGGACUUGUGGCUCCAUUUCGUCGGCUUCCUGCGGGAGACUGCAGACCCCAGUGACAACAGUACAGAGAGUCGCGUUCGAGCGGCGUAUGAGCACGCGGUGCUGGCGGCCGGCACAGAUUUCCGCUCCGACCGUCUCUGGGAGUCCUACAUCAACUGGGAGGCGGAGCUGGGGAACCUGGCGCACGUCACCGCUGUCUACGACCGCAUCCUGGGCAUCCCCACCCAGCUCUACAGCCACCACUUCCAGAGGUUGAAGGAGCACGUUCAGAACAACCUCCCUAAGCACUUCCUUUCAGAAGAGGAGUUCAUCCAGCUGCGAGCAGAGUUGGCUAAAGUGGGUGGGCUCAGUGGAGAGGAGGCCACACCCAGUGAUGACAUGCCCUCUGGCACAGAGGAUCUUGCAGACCCAGCAAAGCGUGUGACUGAGAUUGAGAACAUGCGACACAGGGUGAUAGAGGGACGCCAGGAAGUAUUCAAUCACAACGAGCACGAAGUCAGCAAGCGCUGGACCUUUGAGGAAGGGAUAAAACGGCCUUACUUCCACGUGAAGGCCCUAGAGAAGACCCAGCUGAGCAACUGGAAGGAGUACCUGGACUUUGAGAUUGAGAACGGGACCCCGGAGAGGGUGGUGGUGCUGUUUGAGCGAUGCCUGGUCGCCUGUGCCCUCUACGAGGACUUCUGGAUCAAGUAUGCAAAGUACUUGGAAAACUACAGCAUCGAGGGUGUGAGACAUGUUUACAAGAAGGCCUGUACGAUUCACCUCCCUAAGAAGCCGACCCUUCACCUGCUGUGGGCUGGGUUUGAGGAGCAACAGGGGAACAUAGAAGAGGCCCGGGGGAUCCUGAAGGCCUUGGAGGAGGCGGUUCCGGGCCUGGCUAUGGUGCGUCUGCGCCGGGUUAGCCUGGAACGUCGCCACGGCAACAUGGAGGAGGCGGAGUCCCUGCUGCAGGACGCCAUCAGGAACGGGAAGAACGUGGGCGAGACGUCUUUCUACUCCAUCAAGCUGGCUCGCCAGCUACUCAAGGUGCAGCGGUGCUUGGAGAAGGCUAGGAAAGUACUGCUGGAGGCCAUCGAGAGGGACAAGAUGAGCCCCAAGCUGUACCUGAACUUGUUGGAGCUUGAGUACAGCGGUGAUGUGAAACAGAAUGAGAAGCAGAUCCUCUCCUGCUUUGACCGGGCCCUGAACAGCCCCCUGCCACUUGAGUCUCGCCUCGCCUUCUCCCAGCGCAAAGUCGAGUUUCUCGAAGACUUUGGCUGUGAUAUCAACACGCUUGUGUCUGCUUAUGAAGAACAUGAGAAGAUUUCGGAGGCACAUGCGUCUACAAAGCGAAAGGCGGAAAAUGGUUCACAAGAGCCAGAACCAAAGAAAGCACGCACGGAGGACCCCUCCAUGGGCACAGGUCAGAUGAUGCCAGAUAUGCUGCCCAACCACUCCGCAUACAACUACAACUACAACUGGUACCAGCAAUACAACUACCAGAACCCAUGGGGCUAUGGACAGUACUACCCUCCUCCCCCUACGUGAUGCUGGUCUCUCUCCAGAUGACCCGGCUGCUUUUAAACCUUCAAGGAAGCCCCUGGCCCCUCCCGAGAGUUUUCUUUUCUCCUUUCAUUAGAUCUACCAGUCUCAAUCCCUGCAAGGAAGCUGGCUGGUCAUAUAUGGGCAUGUGUGCUAUAAACAUAUAUAUAUAUAUAUAUAUAUAUAUAUAUAUAUAUAUAUAUAUAUAUAUCCCAUCUGUUGACCUUGAAGAGAAAAAUUGUCGUUUCAUUUGGUUGUAAUGAUCUGGGAAUUUGUCUUUAGGUUUAUUUGUGAAUCUAAAACAACCUCUUAUUUUUAAGCUGGUUUUUGGUUUCUCCUUGCUUUUGUUAAUGUGAGCCUUUUAAGAUCCCAGAAUUUAUUUGGAUUUUUUCCCCUCUGAAUGAAUGGAUGAGAAGAAUAUACUUUUGUUUUCACUUUAAUUUCAUAAUAAAUGGAUUAUGAAUAUA